AUGUUGCAAGAAGAUAAAGCUUCAAAUUUACUUACUAAACGAUUUGGUAUUGACGUAUUUUCGGCCGCCUCGGCUGCUUUUGCUGUUUCUCCUUUUAUAACAAUCGUUGAUAGUGGUAGAAACAAAUUGGGUGCCGCUUUAAAAAGUGGCUUUGCUGAACUAUUCACUCGUCCUCACAGAUUCAUCCGUACGCCUGCUUUCCUUUUGGUCUUUGGUGUUUACUUCUCUACCUAUACAACCGCCAACGUUAUAGACACUGUAUGUUCCUACACAAAUCGUGAUAAUCAAACUCCAAAAUUUUUAGGCACUACAAUAGCUAAUAUGACAACAUGUAUAUACAAAGAUCGUGCAUUUACUCGCAUGUUCGGUAUUGUUGCUCCAAAGAGUCUUCCUUUAGGAACUUAUGGAUUAUUCGCUACUAGGGAUGCCCUAACUAUUGCUGCUAGUUUUAAUAUACCUCCUGUACUGGCUCGUGAACUUUAUGAUCGAAAAAUUAUUUUGAACUAUGAUACAGCUCAAAAUUUCGCUCAAAUGUUAUGUCCAGCUGGAGUUCAAAUAGUUAGUUGCGCCCUACAUUUACUUGGUUUGGAUUUAUAUAAUAGACCAGGUGUUAGCCUCAGUUCUAGAAUUAGUUUACUUGCAAAGAAUUAUCUUAAAACAACUAUUACUAGAAUUGCUAGAAUUGGUCCUGCAUUUGGUAUAGGUGGUGUUGGAAAUAGGAUGGUCAAAGAAAGGGCUAGUGAACUGAUUUUUGACCGACAGCAAGUCGGUGUGGUGGUCACUGCUUUUAAAUAA